UGAUAAUGAAUAAAUUCUCCCACGUAUACUCAACCGCUGUGAAAGCCAGCGUCGAUUAGAAAUACGGUAAGACGUUGCCAGAAAAGGAAGGCGAUAUUUCAAAUUCUUUCACAAAAAUGUCCACGGAAAUACGUGAAUGAAAAAAAAAACUAAAAUCUGGGCAGAAACUGAGGCGUGACUGAUGACGUAACGAAUGUCACUAGGGAAUCAAUUUUCAUUCCUGGCAAAGCUUUAUAAAACCCCGUAUAACAUGCAGUAGAUUGACUGGUUGUGUUUGUCUAAUCGCAAGUUAACGUCCUCCUUCCAGUACUAUCAGUUAUUCGUGAAAAAAGCUACAAAAUGGCUUCCCGACCCAAAGGUUUUGGACUUACCGCUGAGCUGCAAAGAAAGGUACGAUGAUAGGCAAAUUGUUGAUUUUCGUACUUGAUUGUUGUGUCUCCGCGAGCGAAAUGCCAUUAUUUUGCGUGCGAUCGAUUUUAUGCAAAUGAUAGCUUUGUAUCGGGCAAAACGGGACAAAUUAUUACCUUGAAACUUUUUUACAUGGACUUUGCAUUUUCACGUUUUGUUAAUGAUUCUCUGGACGGCGUAGAUCUUCUUGUCCGUCUCAAAAUUAUAAGUCUUCUGGGCUAGUGGUUUUGUUUAUGGAGGGCGCGGUUGGUUACGAUUACAUUUGCAAUUAUGCCAUCUUGUGCAAGUGAUCUAUAUUGCCAUUAACGUUGGUUAAUAUUAGCCUUGAUUACAGUGAGUUCUUUACAAGUCUUCUUUGAGGACAACAUAUGAAUAACGAGGAGAAUGUCAGAGAGAAAGUUAUCUAAGAGUCUACGUAUAUGGGAUGUGAAUGUUAAGUCAAAUUAAGCAAGCUAUGAACUUGUGAUCCAAGCAUGAUUAAAUACGGCGCUUUGUUUGCAGUUGACUUUUCGUAAGUGUUAAAUAUUUCGUCUAAUACUUGUAGCUCUUGGAAAAUGUCAUGUGUUAAUCUGGUUUGCAUUUAUUUUUAUAUUUUGAGACCAUUGUUGAUUUUUGAUCAGAAAAUGAUGCAUCCCUGCAAUGUAUCUUUAUUUAUUUUUCAUUUUCAUGAUCAAAGUUGUGUUUAUAUGGCGCUUCAGGGUAAUUGGCAGGAAAGAAAUGGACCAAUUACUCCUGGAGAGUUGUUUUCAAAGUGUCAUUUAUCGUACAAGGGGCCUCUUUCGCCAAACUUGAGGCUGCCGAUACUAUCGAUACAGACAUGACCCAGACGUUGUUCUUGGCAAAUUGCAUGCGUCUCUUGAAUUCCAUCAUAUCGAAUAUUUCACAUCACAUGUCACGCAAUGUUUUUAUUUGCCCCUUCGGUUUUAUAAAUAUCGUGUCUUAAAAUUCUUCUAGAAAUUUAUAUUGUUCCUCUAAUUUCUGUUUCAUAAAAAAAGAAAUAAAUUCAACAAAGGAGCGAAUUAUGUGCUUAGGGGAACUUGAAUGUUUCUCAAAUAUCAGUUUUCCGGUUUUACCCCAUGCUAUAAAUACCAAUCGGCGUAGAAUUUUCUAGACCACAAUUUUUGGUUUCUAUGAUGUUCACUCCCAUAUGCUUUUCCUUAGAUGGCAGUGAUUUACGACAUAGAAAAUCCGGAGUUAUAAAAUAUGCGUAGUACUUGUGGAUGGUUAAGAUGUUUUACAAAGUUAGAUUUUUUCAUGCUUGAAAUUUGUAAAAUACUUUAUCUUUAAAAUUCUUAUGAACAGAAGUUAAAAGAAAAUAUGAAACUUUUAUGUCUUGAUAAAUCCCUAAUCAAAUCGAAAUAAUCCAAUUAUUGUGAAAAUUGUGAGAAGAAAGGCAAGGUAAUAAUUCAGGGUUGUCACUAAGAGUUCAAGUUACUGGGUAAAUACAACAAGUAGGUGGGGAAUCAAACGGUUAGGGAUUUCUUUUGGUUCUAUUUUUCUUCUAUUUUCCAAUAAAAGUAGCCAGGGGCCACUCUCUUAGUAGCCGGGGAAAAUCCCCGGCCCCGCGGCUCUUAAUGACAACCCUGAUAAUUUUUCUAUCUUGACAGUGUGAUAAAUUAUUAGAAAAAUAAGUACGUGGUAAAGGAGUUAUAUGUCACGAAUUUUGUCAAUACUCAAACAGUGUGAUCUUCCACCAAACUGGGUGAAACAAAAAUAAUUGCUCUAAACAUUCAAAGAAAGUAUGAAUAACCCAGCAAAUACAAAAUGAGGCAUGGAUGGACAAAUUUGAAGAAGAUUGAAAUGGAUUGCAAUUGUGGUUUUUGUAAAGUUCUUUUGUUUUUAAUGUUUGAUUCCUUAUGAAGUGCUCUUGCUAAAGCGAGUUUAUCAUUUUAUCAGAAUUUGCCAUGUGUGUGACUCAUCAUGAUCGCAAGCCAUUAGGGUGAUAGUCUCUUUGCUUUAUGUCUAUCAAGAUAAUUUGGUGGUUGGUCAGUCUGCCUUGGUGUCAUCCAGAGUGAUGUCAAGGUGCAUUGUGGGUUUCCAGGCAACCAAUUUUGCAGCCUCGCAAGUGAAUCCGAUAAGGCUUGCCUUUUAUCUAUUGUUUUUUUUUAGCAGCCGUCUUAGGAGUCGAUCGAUAAGUGCUUUUUACCAUGAAUUUCGAAGACAAAAGUACUUUUAAGCAAAAAUGGAAGCAAUUUGGAUCAUUAGCCUUAAGAUGUGAGCAGAAAUCAAGGUAGCAAAACACAUGUUUUGCAUUCCACUUCGCAGACAAGUUUAUGCUGUAUCGGCUUAGUUGGGCAUCUGUUCUGUAAAUGUGAUGAAAUGUGUUUAAGUUGGGUUUUUUACUGUCAGUGUGACACUACCCAGAUGUGUGUAGUGCUUCUGCAUGAUUGGUUGAAACAAAUUUCCUUGCAGCACAACCAAUCCGAGGUACCCAGAUCUGGGUCGUGACGUAUGUCAUCAGCAUGGAAUUUCUCUGCUUAAAGUUGCUCAGACAUCAUUUUGCAGGGAAGCUACGUAGUCAUGGCAUCAUGAAAUGCCAUCUGUUUUCUUAGGCCACUGGUAUCCAGAUUCAAGUACUUCUUAAUCAAUAAUAUUAUUAGUCCAGAUUUUGGACCGGUUCUGCUGGUCUCCAGAUUAGGGUCUGAAAAUAAAUCUCCUGGAUAUAUAUAUAAUCGCCGAAGUUUGCCAUUUCUUGUAGAAUCGACUUUCUCACAAUGUAACUUCAAAUACGUUGUGUUUGUUUGAGCUAUUUUACAGUUAACAUUGAAUGUUUCCUCACAAGCUCCGGUAUGCUAUUGUUACUUAAUAUAAUUAUAUAAGCAAUAUGUUAUUGGUGCAAUAAGCCAAUUAGCUAGGUCAAAUGUUGCAAUUCCAACAACAUCUUUUUCGUGCGUUUUUUUCACAAAUGACGUCAUGUGCCGUGUGCAUUAUGACGUCAUUUAUCAUCCCUCCCCCAUCAAUUCUCAAUAUUUGAAGACGUGGGGGGUUGACAGCCCUGCAGGCCUCGGUUGUUUGAAAGGUGGAUAGUGGUAUUUACUGGAUAAAUAUCUACCCAGUGGAUUAUAAUGCAAUUGGUUUUCGUAAUACCUAUCCUCUGGAUAGCAAUUAGGAUAGUGCUAUCCAGCUUUUGAACAACUGGUGCCAGGAGUCCUAACAAAAUGACCACUCGGUGGUGGCAGAUCAUUAUAGAUGUACUUUUCUGGGAAACUGUCCACCUACCCCUCCCCUAAGUCAACAUUUUACUUUAAGUGAAUAGUAAGUGUUAAUGUUGGCUUAGGGGAGGGGUAAGUAAGCAGUUUCCCAGAAACAUAUUAUGAUCCGUCGUGAUUCACUUUCCCACCAUCAUCUGGGUAUCGAGCAAACACCUCAAUCUUGUGUUUGAUGUACAUUUGAAGCUGGAGUCUGUGGAGUCAGAAAACAUGUCCACAACCGCACCUCAUGGCUGCUUUUCCUGCCCUUUUCAAAAACGCGUGAACUCUGAAGUUCAAAAGCUGCCUUUAAUUCACAGUUGCGUUUUCCGCUGCUGUCAGUCAUAAUUACAAUUGCAAGCAACAAACCUUGAAACAAAGAAACUGACACAAAACGGAUCAAAAUCCACCAAGUGCAAAUCAUAAACUGUGACCUUUUGAACCUGUUGAAGUAAACUUCUCUUUCCUAAGAGUUUUGCUAAGAUGGUUGAUCGAAGCAAAGAACACAAACAUCAGUUGGCUUUUGAACUUCAGAAUUUGUGUAUUUUUGAAAAGCUCAGCAAAAUUAUUUUGUUAUAAUUAAGGGAGAGUUAGGAUUUUGUAAUGUAGGCUGUUAAACUUAAUUAAGAGCAGCUAGUGUCCACUUGAGAGAGCCUAUGUUUUUAUUGUUGUCUGUUGAGGGAUUUUUGUUUGUAUAUGACUGAAAUAUCACAGGUAUGACAAAUACAAUUGUAGAACUGCAUGAACCUUUAAGAACCUGUGGUUAACCACUUCUCUGUUGAUUUAAUAAUAAUAACAAAAAUACAGAAAGAUGCCAAAUAUGACCCUGAGUUGGAGGAGCAAAUCAGAGAAUGGAUCAAUAAAGUUCUUGGAGGACAAGUUCUUAAUCCCUCUCCUGAUCAGAAAGACUUCUAUGAAAGCCUAAAGAGUGGAGAAGUCCUUGUUGAGUAAGUGCUAGGAAAUGUUAAAAUCAUUAUUAUUUAUCGCUGCCUAUUUGUAUUUAAUCUUGUUUUAAACAUGCCUGCAUUUACUUCUGAGCAAUUGUUUUUGAGGCAGCUAUUGAAUAACCAAUGAAAGUAGUAGUUAAUUAAAUUAUAUUAAUUUUUGUAUUAUCUAUUGCAAGUUGCAAAUUACUGUUAAUUGAACUGUUGUCAUCAUUUAAUUUUAUUGAUUCAAUUUCAUUGAGUCACUGAGACUUUAGCAGAAGCAUAUAACCCGGAAGUAUCCAAAUUCUCCUUUUUUGUUUCGAACCAUGCUGGGACUUUUUUGCUGUCCAAUAAAGAAGCACAGAAAUUUUUUUCAUGAAUAGGGAAUCAGAGCAGUGAAGGCAUUCCUGUCUUAAAAAAUAGCUAAUAAUGCAUGCAUUCUUCCAGUCCCUAACUGUUGUCCCGCAAGUUCAUCCAUAACAGCAGGCGCGAGCAGAGCCCCAUACCUAAGAAAAUAUGGACGUGACCAUUUAAUUUUGGCGUCUGCCCGACAUGGUUCGUACCCGGGGGGGGUACUGCCAUAUAUGGGCUAUAUAGGUAUGUGCCGCUGUGAAGGGUAUGGUUUUCAAGCAGUUUACUCUAGGAUAGGGUAUAUAAACCAGAGUGUUUGGGUCUAGAAUAGGGUAUGAUUUUUCAGGAAACUGAUCAGUUGGUUGAAGAUUUUAUCUAGACUGGGGAAAAGGUCUUGAAUUUUACUAUAGUCGUCUUGAAAAGUCCUUGAAUUUGGUUGAGGUCCUUGAAAAGUACUUGAUUUCUUCAUUAGGUCUUGAAAAGUCCUUGAAACUCAAAACCUUGUCUAAGCCAGAGACCUUUUUCUGUAAAAUGAGGUUAUUUUGCCUAGGAAAAUUUGGCUCAUCCUCGGUUCAUAAGAACCCAUAAAUAUUAUUAAACUCAUGUGUAACGUAAAAACAUUUUUUUGCAUGAACAAUAUUUUAUUUCUGUUUCUUUAUUUCACAAUAAUUUUCAAUCUGUACCACAGAUGCAAUAUUGCAAGUCAUACCCUGCAGUUAUUUUGCCAAGUCUUGUUAAGGAAAGUAGUAUUAAAAUAAUGUGAUCAUCGCGAUCAUCUUAGUCCUUGAUAACUGCAGUAAUUUGCCCUUGAAAAAUCCUUAAAAAGUCCUUGAAAUUUGUUCGUCUGGAGUUGUACAAGCCAUGGCCCAACCAACUGUUCAUCCACACCACAGGGAAACCAAUGUUAAAUGUCAAACGUUAUGGCUAGUGUGGAGCCCUGCAACCUGAUAUUGCACAUUCAUUUUGUGGUCAUUUGGAAGCUGUCAAAACAGGGUAUCUGCUGACCAGUAUCACAUGACCGUAUUGUGGGCUCAGGUGUCGACCUGUCGAGGUUACGUGUCUUUUUGAAGUUCUUCACUGACAAGUUACUUAGUUUUUGAUUGAUUGUGGGCUCAACUUUAAGUAGAUGUCUAUUAAUGUAUGGAAGCUUCACCUUUAGGCUUGGCUAAAUUUAUAUAAUUAUUAUAACAUAAUCAAAUGGUCAAAAACGUUUACAUCUACAAGAAGUGGUGCUGAGGGGUCAGUAAUUCCAUAUUAGGAAGUAAAUUUUGAUUGGUUCUUAAAAGAACUUCUGCAUUGGAACAUUUAUACACUUCAGGGUUAUUGCUUCAAUCUGUCUUUAUUCAGUGAAUUAUUUGAUCUUCAUUGGGUGAUUCCAGAAAAUAUCCAUUCCUACCACAGAAGGCAUUGAUCUUCAUCUUUAACUUCACCUUCAGAGAAAGCAUCUCCCGUUGCUAUCUGAAUUCCAAAAUGCUCAGUCACCUUGCCCCCAGAAUUGCAGCUGUAAUUCUUAAUGAAAACUAAAAAAUAAAACGAAAUUGACAUUUGCCCAUAUUAUUCCAAUUGGCAGCAUUGAGAACACCCCAGGAUUCCAUUCCCAAUACUUGCCAAUUGUUUAUGAACCGUGAGAGUACUAUGAAAUCUAUAGUGGGAAAAAGCUGAGAUUAAUAUCUGUUUGGUUAUUGUAAGUUGUCAAUCUCACAUAUCAUGCAGUAUGAACAUUUAGCCUUGCUAGUGCUUUGUUCACCUUGAGCAUAUGAUCACAGCUUGAUUUGCAAAACUGUAAUUUUCUUCUGGAAGUCAAGACCCUUGAAAACCCCUGCCCUGAGUAUGGAUAUCUUAUGGAACCACCCAUUCUUUCGUCCAUCUGUCCAUCAAUGCUUCUAUUCAUUAAGAUUUGGACUUAAAGUGUAUUUAUGUCCUCUGGUGAGUUUUUUUUCCCUUAUAAAAAUUUGUUUUAAUACUCACUGUAAAAAAGAAUCUAUUGAAUACUUGCACCCUUAGCUUCAUCUUUAGUUGACUGCAAAUGCAAUACAACUAGUUUAAUAGGUAAUGAUUUGGAUCGAAUUGAAGCUUUAAAAGUUGGUUUGUGAGAAGAGGGAGAGAGUGGACUGCCUGGAGAAAAAGCUCUUAAUUAGAGCAAGAGCACAUAGUAACCAGUAACAAACUCAACCCACAGUGGCAUUAACUCCAGGACUUGAACCACUUUGGUAGGAGGUACAUGUAAUCAAUUAUAAAAAUAUGUCACUGGCCAUACUGAGAGUGUUCCUUCAACAGCGCAGUGCAAUAUAGUAAAAUAAUAAGAAAAUAAAAAUAAAUAAAAAACCCUUCCCUUAUAGACCUGCCUACUUCUCUUUACCUUAGCCUAGCUAAUGCUCUUGGUGGGAAGUACAAGAAGAACUCCAGCAAGAUGGCUUUUAAAAUGGUUAGUACCUGUUGCUAUUGCCGUGAAUCCCAGAUUUGUCAGUGGUAUCCAUCAAUGAUCAGCAUGUCAAGAAAUUCUGUUCUUAACCCUUUAAUCCCCAGUAUUCACCUACAAAUUCUCCAAACUAAUCUUUAAACAUUUUCUUAAAUAAUUACCGCAAAUCCUCUGUUAAGCCCCAUCCCUCUAAUAGGCCCUUUUCAGGGAAAGACUGAGUUCAUGCGCCCCCUCCCCCUUCCCUCUCCUAAUUAUUCUUCACUAAUAAAUGAUAGACUUAAUUAAUCAAUCACUACUGUUUGGACUGAUCUGGAAUGGUAUAUUUACAAAUUGGAAGUUCGGAUUUGAUUCUGAUCCUUGGCUGCAUGACCUCCAACCUUCUUGUACUUGAGCUUUUCCACUUUGUAUUGUAGUUCUUUUUAGAGAACUGAUACCAUCAUCUUUUCUAACUUAAAUAAGCCCCACCCUCUCAAAUAAGCCCCACCCUCUCAAAUAAGCCCCGCCCCCCACCCCACCCAUCUCUAUUAAGCCCUCCCUCAAAUGAGCUUGAAAUAAGUAAGCACCCCAGGGGGCUUAAUAGAGGAUUUACCUUAUCUGAGAAAAAAUGAGAAAAGAUCAAUGCAUUUUUUCUGUCCUGAUGAGCUUAUUAAUUCUCGUAACCCUAUCAUUAAAGGGUAACUUGACUAACGCGCAAGUGAAGUGUUUUUGGGUGAGAUCAUAGUACAUACUUAGGCAAAUUGAAAAUUCCUAAUAAAUUUAAUGAAAUCUGCAUGUUGAGAUGUCUCAGUUUAACUGACACAGCAGAUUCUUUGCAUAAGCCCCUUCAACUUUCACUUGUCUUUUCAAUAUCUGAUUUGCUCCUUUCUUGAAUGUUGUAGAUGGAGAACAUUGGAUUCUUUCUGAAGUUCUGUGAUGAAAUAGGGGUACCGAAAACCGACAUCUUUCAGACCGUCGACUUGUAUGAAAACCAGAAUAUACCAGGGGUAAGUGGUGACUUUUGUUGGAGGGCAGGGUGUGUGAUAUCUUUGCCCCUGGAUUGACCAAAGCUCAAGGAAGGGUUCAGUUCAUACUCCUUUUUCAAUGGUUUGCCUGGAAAGCAAAUCCUUUAUUACCUCUCACUGCUCUAAGUGAGACCAACAUUCAGUUUCUCCUUAUAAUUACACUACUUAAUCUGAGAUAAAGGUCAUGAGAAGAAAUAAAAUGAUCAACAAGUGAAAGAGAUCUUGAUAAUAGGCCAUGUUACAGUUGAGCGCUUGGUGUCCUAUAGCCUUUAAGUGAUCUUGAGGUUGAGGUUGACCUUGUUUUGAUACAAACCUCUUUCCUCUCUAAUGGAAAUUUUGCUUAAAAAAUACUAGUUAGCGUACAACAACAACAUGAUUAUUAUGUAUAUAAUAAAGCAAGAAGGGUUGUAUCAAAACAAGGUCAACUCCAGCCUCUUUUCCAACUGUAACUUUAAAGUGGGCUAUUGUGAAACAUUUUUCUUAUAUAUCUAUGGAGAACGCUGAGGGGAAGGGUUCAUUAGUCCAUGUACAGUGUAAAUUUGGUUGUAUCGAUGGUGUGGGGACAUGUUACGGUCAACUCCCGUUUUUGUGGACACUCGGAACCGCAGUCUAGUGUCCUUAAUAAUGAGGGCCUGUUUAUAUGAGGUAAGCUAGCCCAUUAAGGUGAUGUUUCUCGAGACGAUUCGCAACGACGAUUUUUAGCGCAACACAGCGUUGCAACAUUGUUGCGACAUUGUUUCGAAUGGUUACAACAUUGUUCCAACAUUGCAACGCUGUGUUGGGCUAAAAAUCGUCUUUGCGAAUCGUCCUGUGUAACACCGCCUUUAGCCGGGCUGGCUCGGCUCAUACCUUGUAUUCUCGUAAAACUUUUCGUUGUGUGUAUAUCAGAGCCGGGCUGUCACACUUGCUGAGAUCUCGGUUUGUGCAACCGGGAUCUCGACAAGCCAGGCCAGCUCGCCUCCUCAUAUAAACACAACUACAUAAACAAUUAUAAUUUGAGGUAAUUCUGUCCAAAAUGUUGAAAGGUGCUGAUUGAUGGCCAUUAUAACGAGAGUUAGAACAAUAAAAUUAUGCUGCUGUGACCGAGGAAAGUGUCCUUAAGUCCGUUAUAGCGAGAGUCCGCCGUAAUAGCGAGAGGUUGUUUCAGUCAAAUGUCUGUAAUUUUCGCCGACGGGGAUUUAGCUGCUGUCCGUAUUAGCGGGGUGUUCGUAAUAGCGAGGUGUCCGCAAGACGAGACUUGACUGUACUCAGCUGUACUUGGUAACCUUUUCUGAUCUGUAAUAAAUGAAUUCUUCGACACGGACUAUCAGUCUUAUGUUUUUCUUCCUCCUCCUCUUCUUCCUAACCUUAUAAAAAUGAAUCUGAUGCCAGCAAGAAUCAGUUUUUAAAAUAAUGUGUGAUUUUUUUGUUUCAUUAGGUUAUUUCUGGUUUGCAUGCUUUUGCCCGAAAGGUAAGCUCAAACAGUAGCUCUUGCAAUUUUCAAGUUGAAUAUAUUUUUUUAUUUAUUAAUAAUAACUAAAUUACAACACAAAGAAAACAACAAAAAAGGUUCAAAGAAAGUACAAAAAAAAAAAAUUUCAAGUUGAAUAUUAUGGAAUUUCGUUGCUAUUAUUGAGAAAAAUUAAAUUUAAAAUAUGCCCAAGUUACUAAACGUUUUAGGGCUCAAAAUAAUUUUCGGAUGGUGGCCAGACACGAUGACCGGCCAAAGAAAUUUUUGCUCGGUUAAGUCUCGUUUUUGACCGGCCAAAAUAUUGGAUAAAAGUUAACUUAUCCUUGUUUAAUUUUCUAUUUGUGAAAGUGAUUGUAUUUUACAAAAAGACAAAUCUAAGAUUUACAGAUGAGGAUUUAGCUGGUUGUUCAAGAAUGAAAGUGUGCAUGACCGGUCAACAUGACCGGCGAGUGAAUUUUGUGGCCGGUGAAGUUGCCAUUCAGGGCGGACGUUGUCCGUUGACCGCAAAUCUUCAAAAUAAGUGAAAAAAGGCGAAAGGAUAGAUGCUGUGAUAUUGCAUCAACUGUUAUUCAUUAUUUUACUUUAUGCGGCGAUUGUACAGCUUUUGAAAUCUGUUUCUCUCUCCGAUAGUGCUCUGCACUCGGUAAACCAGUACCCCAACUGGGUCCUAAAGAAGCCACAGAAAAUAAACGGGAAUUCUCAGAGGAGCAACUUAAAGAGGGACAGAAUGUCAUAGGCCUUCAGAUGGGAACCAACAAGUUAGCUUCGCAAGCUGGUGAUCACUUCGGUCGCCCGAGGCAGGUGGCUGGAGUAGAUGCAUACAAAUAAACUCUAAAACAAGAUGAAAGCUUUCCAAGUCGAAAGAAGAGAUGUCAUGGUCAAAAUAUCUUUAGCGAUAGCGGGGCUUUUCUUGAAACUUGUAACUAGAAAUUUGAAAAUAUCAUUUGUAAGUGCAGUAACGUCGAUUUGUACCUUUUUAAUUAAAUAAUACACAAUUUGGUGGUUGUAAUAGGUGUAGUUUUCUAUAGCAAUAAAUGCUCUUGUCUGGCACUAAAGGUGUGUUCGAUGCGUGGAUCACUUUCCCUUACCAUUUAUAUGGACGGUUUCGGCUGGCUUUCUGGUUUAAUUUUUUCCUUUAAUACAAGGGGGGUGAAUGGAAAAUUUAAAAAAGUAGGUAGAAAAAGGAUUAUCUGCACAUAAACCAGAUAGUCCUCGACGAAUCUUAGUGCUUUGCCUCGCUAUUAAAGUGGACACGACGUGAGUGAAGGCAACAAUGGGAGAAAAAUUUCCCCCUUUCCCUCGAGGGUUCGGCUUUUAGGCCGAAGACGUGUCGGCCCCUGAGGAAUCUCGCAGCACGCGAGAAAAACCUCUUCUACCACAGGUCGCCCAAGCUCGAAAUAUGAGCAUCGGCGAGCAUCGGCAUUGUUGCGUAACAUUCAAAAUAUAAGGAUUUGUAUGGGAAAAAAACCUAUCGUUUCUGUAACCUACGAAAAUGAAAGGAUUUCAAUAAAAAACAGCUUACCUUACUUAAAAUGUGUGUUACGUCUCUCCUGUGUGGUCCACGGGCCGAUUUAUGGCCGUUUUAUGGGUUUUUAUGUAAACGGUUUUCUCUCUAUAUAAAGGGAACCUAACCUGCGUUAGGUUCCAUCAUACCACGCUCGUAUCCAGUACCCCGCUUUCAAAUUCCCUGCUCACCGCUCAGCCCUGUGAAAGCCUGGGGAUGAGGCAGCCCAGGGACACUCACCCUCGUUGACCCAAAGCCAGCUUAUGCGGACUAUCGGAUUUUCAUGGGCGAUACCAUAUUUUGUAAACUUCUCCUGUGUAAACCUGGUAAUCCCUACCAGCUGCCCUUGGAUCUCCGAGGAUAAAACCUGAUGGUGGACUGUUUGGCAUUUCUCUAUUAAUUACACUUCUUAAUUUUAAUCUUUAAUCAACGUCAUCCCUUCCCUUAAUUUUAAACAAGCCCCACCCGCAAUUUUUCCUCAUUAAAAACAUUUUAAAUUUAAGAAAGAAAUUCUCAGACAUCUAUUGUGCCAAGGACUGGGAUGAAAUCUCCAGGUAUUCUCAAAUGACAGCCGAGUGUCAGCCACUGAACUUCGGCAAGAUUGGCCUUGGCACGCUUAUUUGCCCGUCAAAGUUCACUUUUGAAAGUUUAUUCCUCGUGCAUGCGCACUGUAAGACUGAAAACAUUCGAAUGCACUGUUAACUGAGGCGAGUGGGCAGGGGGUGGGGGGUAUCCAUAUCUUACGCGCAAUUUCUCAUCGGUUCGCAUUACAAUUGACUCGGCGCCGACUUGUCCCCCGCCAGUCGAGGGCACACUAAACCGCGCAUGAAAAACCUCUGGCACCCAGGGUAUGGACGCAUGCGCACGACACUGCGCUUUCCCUUCUUUCCCAUCACGCCCAGCAGAGGUUCAAUGACAGACGACUGGGGAAGAUUCAUAGUCGGCUGCUCUCAUUCAAAGUUCGGCGCAAGGUAUGUAGCCUGCGUGCAAACAUCUACUAUUUUUCCCUUUUAAAACUGGAGACGUCUGCCCACAGGCUAGGCGCAGGGAGCUAUUAUAUAUGCUUGCGUUUUCACUGCUGUAGUGACGCUGUUUCCCGAAGAACUAUUAAAAUAACGACAAGGUUCUUCGUGCUUUGACUAUUUUAAUUUUCUUUUUUUCUGAUCUGCUGGCGGUCCUUGUAUACCGACGAUUUCUUUUGUCCUUGCAUACACUAGCUCUUUUUUGUCUGUCACAGUUUUUUUCAAUCUCCUUCGUUUCUCAAAACCGUCUAAGUCAAUCCAGUUCUAAAUUCGUUUUGUAAGGAUUUCUUGUGUUCGUCUCUUCAACUGCAAGUUUUCUUCAUCUUUUAAGUGCUUGAGGUCAACUCUGUCGAGGAGCGCAUCUAUCCAGUGGCGGGCGUUUUGUUCGAGUUUAGCUUCACUUUCCCCCUGAAAUGGUUCGAUAAAAGAAUUUUACAAAGUUCUUCAAAUCAUCUUUUUCGUCACAACCAGAGUGACGGUGCGGCUAGACUACUAGUAGUCCCCAUUUUUCCUCAGGGAUAGUAGAGCGAGCGAAACGCGAGCGCGAGCGCGUGAAAAUCACCACAGGCGAGAAAGGCGAGACGCGGUGCGGAGAGAGAAAAAUGAGGGACGUCCUUCAUUUUUCUCUCUCACCGUCGCCUCUCGCCUUUCUCGCGUCGGGUGACUUUCACGCGCGCUCGCGUUUCGCUCGCUCUACUAUCCCUAAGGAAAAAUGGGGACUACUCGUAGUCUACGGUGAGGCUACAACAUUCGUUAUUGCACGGAUAGCCGACGUGCUACAAUGAACUACUCUCCAUUUAUAUUUUGAAAUAUUAAAAAUAAUAGAUUGCCUCUCAUUCAACGCCAGGGCCAACACCCUGCGUCCGGGUAAAAAAAGCUAAAACUUGAUGACGUAAGCUAUGAACUUGCUCAAACAAAAGCAUAGAUUGAAAACAAUCAAACACUGAGACAAGCAAAAACAAUUCGGGUCCAGCAGGCGAAGUUUGUGUUUGCAUUCAAUUUUAAAAAUACAGUACGAAUUAUGCACAGUAUACGUAAUUUUCAAGGAGUUAUAAUAACUCCUCCAGUGCAUGGGGUUAAUUUAACUCCUUACCGUAGAGUUAUUCUAUCCAAGAGGAGUUUAAAGAACUCGUUUUCAGGAGUAAAAAUCACUCCAGAUUUGGAGUUAAUAUCGAGGACCGCAGUUUAAAGUAACCCCCCAAAAGGGGUUAUCCUGUACCUAAAAUUUUUUACUCCAUUUAAUGUAGUUAUAAUGAUUCACUAAAAAUUACUGUGUGGCGAUACCUUGGGCGCGUUUUUAUGAAGCGAGCUUUCCACAACCAAUAAGCCAGUUAUUAAGAGAACUGCAAUGGUGUACUUUAUAACCUGCAACACAAAGAACCGCCUCUGAAGUCAGGUUAUACAAUUGCAACGAGUUAGUUAACGUUCUUAACCUGUUCAUGGUAUUCGACACGCAAGGAAGAAAUGAAAUAGCUUGAAAUAGGCCAAAACAUCAACUCGAAAGUUUGAUUCUGCCCGGCCCAACCUCUAGCUCUUCCUUCCAAGAGCCUUUCUGUGGAAUGGUUUAGAUCGUCCUGCUUCAGCGACUAUAGGUUAUUGCAUCUCACCACCCGUUUGUUUAACAAUGCAUGAUAUUAGUUGACUAAAUAAAAAACGGCGGAUUUUGAAAGCUUAAUCUUCAGUGUAGGAAUUUUAAAAUGUAGCUUACCUUUCUUUGCGUCGCCAUUAACACUAAUUCUGUUCUCUUUUUUUCUCUGAAGUUGUUUCUGGCGAUUGAAUUACGAUUCCCCAGUUUCUCACCACUCUAAGAUGUCAAAGAUACUACCGAUAAGGCUUGUGGCAAACUCUUGGAGGUGGCGGGAUGGGCGGGGGGGAUACUGUACUUUUUUGAGGGGUGGUAACCUCCUGAGUAUUUAUAAUAGUCUGUUCAUCGGCUGCAUUUCUGUAAAACAUAUUCCAAACUAGACAAAAUUUUUCCUUAUUUCCGAGACUCUCGAGUUUAAAUUGCAGUUCAUCACAGGACUGUGGUUUGUCGAUUGCUCUCCAGAUCUCCUUUAGAAAAGGAUGAGUGCACCGGAAAUCGCACAAUAGAGCAACAAGUCUAGUACAACGGAAGUACGAAUGCAGAGCAAAGUUUCUCCAGUCAAUGGCCAAUACGUCAGCGGUGAGUGGAUCAAGUCUUCUACACGGCCAGAGUAGGAGUAAACACAGUAAACGAUAGUGCACCGACAGAACUGCACGUUUUCAUAGCAGACAAGUUCUAACUGUCAAAACAUUGAUGAAUCAAGGUAUGAAUAGUAAUAUAGAUCCCAAUUCAGAUCUCUGAUCUCUAAUUCUUACUACUAAUGGUUUUUAAACCCUACAUCCAGAAAUAGUUACACAUCGAGAGAGGAACAAUAAAAUUUGUGUUUGUGAAGAUCUCCCCCUCCCCCCGCUCUUCAGUAACCCGAGAGAGCAAGCUUUGUACCAGGCAGUUACCAGCAGUGGAUGAACUAAUGACGACUGGUUGUGAAACCCUAGACCUCUUGUUUGUUAAAUUGAUGACACGAACUGUGACCAGCCCAAAUCCCAGUAUCAAGAUUUCGCUCUAGGGUGAUUUACUUGACCCAUAAAAGACGACAGUAAACUGGGGGCUUAUAUCCGAGGGGGCUUAUUACCGGAAUAGAAAAAGCCCCUCGAAACGAGCUGUAGCAGUACUGAACAAAAUACGUCUUAAUAAUAAUUAAGCAUCAAAACGUCAUGAUAAAUCGAAUUCAUUUCAAUGCUUUUGGAGGGGGGCUUUAUCCGGGGGGGCUUAUAAUUGGAUGUGUUUUUUUGUUUACAAGGGGACGGGCCUGCAACUGGGCAACCACGUUCCCAAGGUCCUCUCCUACCCGUCCCCGUGAAGCAGAACGUGUGAGUUUCCCCCGGCCCUGAGACUGGGGUCUGCGGCGGAGAACAAGCUUGCACGCUGUCUUUGAUUCAUGAUCAGUAGAGAAAUGAUUAACCUUUCCGGCACGUAUUUGUUUACUUGAAGCUUUCACUUGCAAAAAAUUCGGAAAACUCGUCUCAUUUGUCUUGUCAGUCAUUCAUAAAGGUUACCUAAGCGAAAACGUUUAUCUCUGCUUUCCAUAUAAGGACCAAAAUUGUAACGCCAAAGUAAAAUUUCUGGAUCUAGCAUAAAUGAGAAAUUUUUUUUCCCCAUAAAAUUACAACAUAUCUAUGAAAAAUUGCUAUAGCGUAUAUUGCUAGUGAUUAUCUACUAAAAUAACAGGAGAACAGGAUUGCUUACAAACCGUUUUCACUGAACAUGAGAAAACAGACUUUUCAGUUUCAGCCGGUUGCAUGCGUGUGUAUCAAGCGUGGCGGAAUGAACUUGAUUAAAUCUUUGACAAUUUGCCCAUUCUUUGCAUUUCGAUCUGUGCUUUCUGCUUCGAAUUCAAGUGAGAACCUGAAAAAGACACUUGAAGGAAACCAACUACAGUUAUACGAGAAACAUGGCGGAAAAUAAAGCCAGAGGUUACGGCUUAUCUGCAGAAGUGCAGCGAAAGGUAACGUUAAAUAAUCUAGAAAGCAAUUUUUGUCCCAUUUAAUACCUAGAAUGUGUAAAUUAAUUUCCAAGAGAUCAUGCAGCUUAAGAUUUACACAGAUUUCGAGAAAAACUUGCCACCGGACGAUCUCGUAAUAACUGAAUUUGUACCAUACAGUUACAGUUUCAGUUUUGUCGCCAUUUCAAGUUAACUUCAAAGAGAAAGCUAUUUUUUUUUGCGAUUAAAUAUCUGAUGCAUGUUCCGUUUGAUGAGAUGUCCCUUCCGCGCCGUUGUUAUCUUCAUAGGCGUUGCAAACCUCACUGAAAACUGAUUAAAUACUGAUAAUUUUCACAGUAAAUGUUUUACAAAGAUGAAGACUAGCCUCUAAAUGAUUUCAUAUUUAACUAUCCCUGGACAUCUCUUGCAUGGGAGUUUCGAGGUGUCUGUUUCCAUGAGUUGAAGCAUUGUUUUCAUUCUUUAGAUCACGUUCUAACUUCGAAGUUUUCAGAGCAUCUAGCCAAAAACGGUUAGGGUAGCUAAGCCUUCCUACUGUGCAUAAGAGGCACUGAGAUCGAUCUUCCAAAGAGAUGUCCGUACACAGAGUUUAAGGAUCCCAUUCGGGCUUGCGCAACAGCUGUUGGCGAAAUAUAUAGUGACAAAUAAGGAAGUAUACAUUCGAGUAUUCACCAAAAAUCGCGAAAUUGUUCUCUGCCUUCUCCAACUGAGUCAGUACCCGGCUCGAUAUCAAGAGAAGUCCUUUAAAGUUCGAACUAGGAUAAAUAUUUAACACAGAGGAAACAAUAGGCUCUUGUGAAAAUAAUUAGCUUAUUGUAAGCUAAACGGUAUUAACAUCAGGCAAAAAUUGCAGCAAGUGCUGCCCACAGACGUGCCAAGUGAAAUUGUUACUUGAAUUGUUAAGAAACUUUUAGUGUCAAACACUGUUGACAAAAUGCCCAGAGAAAGUCCAACUCAAGGAAAUUUUUACAUUCGCAUAUUUGAUAAAAAUGGAAACAAUAACCUUGACGCUUGUUUUGAAAACUAUCAAGGCCACCUACGGAGCAGGUUGUGGGUAACCUUUUAUUAAAAACGUAAAUAUUGGAGCGAGACAUAGAAACUGCCUGUGAGAGAGCUAUAACUAAGGAGCGACUUUCUUGCGAAAGCCUAACGCAAAACUGCAAAACGCGACAGCCCUCUCGAACUGAUGGCGUAGGAAAGCGGAAAAUGAACAAUGUGGUCCCCAGGGUCUUCUCGUUUUCCAGUAUGCCGCCGCCAUAUUGGAAAACAAGAAGACCCCUCGGACGAGGUUGCAAAAAGGGAAAGUGAGUAAGAAUACUACGUCAGCGAUAAACUGUCAAAGGGUAUCAAAGCAUAGGCAUCUUGACCGAACAGGUUGGUCAAUAAAGAAUUAAUUAAAUAGCAAAAACAAAAAAGGUUCUCUUGCGGGAGAAAGAGCGAAAUGCCGAUCGGUCAAGAUUAGCCAAUCGUGUCCGAUCUGGUAGGCAUUGAGAAAACAGGAUUCGAUUCAUCUUACUCGCUGUGGAGCCAACCUCAUAAUAAAUAAUGUAAUUAGCAAAUGAACUUUGCCAAUGGGGGAAGUGUGGUUGUUUUAUUGGGGAAAUGAUAUUGAUUUGGGAAGGAAAUAAAUUAGCGGUAGACAAAGUAUACACGCCAGUUUGUCCCCUAAUAGGCUCAGAGGCACCUUGUUGUGGUGGUGGACCAUCUUUCUAUCUCUGGUGGUAUUUAUCUACUAUUUACUUCAUAUUAACUACCCCCAAACUCCAAUAUUUUUCAAUUUUCCAAAAUUUUAAAUACCCCUCCCCCCCCAUUUUGUAUUCAUUAAAACAUGGAAAGAUCAUUGAAAAAUUUUCAAAAAAUUAUUGAACUGAAAGACCCCAAGCUAAUUGAGUCAUUUUUCGAUUGAAUGAAAUCUUGGCUACAGAUAUUUUAGAAAAGGGCGGAACUAAAAGAAACCCAAUACUUUUAACCGAGACCGCCCCACUAAUGACCCAACAAACUUCACGAGAAUGAGUGGAGUGCAGAGAAAUGAGAAGAAGAGGGCGAAUAAAAAUAUUUCGUAGAUCGAGGGAAUAAACCUUUUUUCCGAUCGUUUCUUUGUUAUCAGAUUAAUGCCAAAUACGACAAAGAUGUCGAGGAGGACGUGAGACGCUGGAUCGAAGAUGUAUUGGAAGAACCAGUGGAAUGGGGAGCAGAAGACAGUGACUCUCCUGGAAGUGGUUUUGCCGAUGGUCUCAUGGACGGUGAAAUUCUUUGCAAGUACGACAUACUGUAGUCUGCGAAGGCAGACGAAUUUAAGGUCGUGGCUUCUCUCCAGCUUAAAAAUUACUUUUCUGGUGGAGAGAAGAAACGACCGGAAAUACGUCGUGAAACGAUUCUCAAAUUAGUGACGUAGUGAAGAAGAUAAGGUUAUAACAUCAUUUGAAUGUCCCUUGAUCAUCAUUAAUAAACAGCAUUUUCCAUAUAAAUCCAGCGGCACUGUUUAUUAAGCUUUACAAAGUGGAUCUCAGCUCAAUCUCGUUCCCAGGGUCAUCUACUCGCCCCACCCCCCUAUGGUCUGGUGGACGAGAUAAAGAAGAGCCUUGGGACGAGGUUGGAUCUAACUAUCUAUUCCUUGAUAAAAUCGAUUCUUCAAUGUGAUCAUUCAAAUAAAAGCUACUGAGCAGUACUUGCCUGUGGUACUGUUUAUUGGUAUUUAUUAUGCUGCAUAAGAGGAUUAAACCUUUUUUCCCUCAGUAUCAACGCAACAGGUGCACCCAACGAGAAUAUAGUUCAAAACCACUUAAACAUAGCAUUAUCAAAUGUAUUUUAGUAUUUAAACGGUAGAUAUAGGCAUAUUUUUAUCCCCUAUAAAUUUUUCAUCUGUUCGGAUUUCCUAGCUGAAAGUCUAGUGAUUCGAAAAUUGAAGGGAUCAAAACUUACCUUUUCGAAAAUUUUAGCCAGAAAAUAGGCUCCCGAAAAUUCUAGGUGAACUUUUUAGGGUAAAAAUUAGUUUAAAAUGGGCAAGUAUAACAUUUUUUAUUUGUUCGAAAAUCCUAGGAGAGGGAUGCAAGCAAGAAAUUUUACAACAAAUGUUCCGAAAAUUCUAGAUCUCAAAUCGUCUUCCGAACAGAUAUUUCCCCGAAAAUUGUCGUUGGGUGCCCCUGACGCAAGAGAGGCUUGUUGAAUGAAAUCCCAUUUUUUCUACAUGAGCCAUUCUUUCUUUCUUUUCAGACUCGCCAACAAGCUGCAGCCUGGAGCGGUGAAGAUGAACGACACUAAAAAAGUCACAAACGCUGCUAUGAGAACAAAUAAAGAGGUUAGAAACUCUUUCGUUGCAAACAACCAGCCUUAAUGCGCCCAGAGAAGUUCACAGACUGGUGUUAAAGAAGACAAGCAAAGUUAAAAAAUCAAGAAACAAAAAUCGAGACCAAUCAGAGCUUGAAGCAAUUUUUUCAUGUCCGUUUUGAGUGUGGGAAAAUUCCUGAGAGAUGGUGGUUACUCUCAAGUAGAAGUACAAGGAGGUUCUCUCUUAAGAAAUACAAAGCUGACAGGAAGCGUGAAUAUGGUCUACAAAAAUUAAAAACGUAGGAUAUUAAAAAAUUAGAAUUUAUUUUUCACAAAUAAUGUAACGGAAAAAAAUUCGGAAUUUUCAGAGAGUAAAUACUAAGAAAAACGUGUGAGAUAUGAUACUGUAUAUUUAUUAUCAUAAAAAAAUCAGUAUCCUUUACUUUUUCUUAACAGAAAGAAAAUAUCGAGAAGUUCUUGAAGUUCGCCGAGGCUUAUGGAGUGAAGGACCGAUUUACCACUCCUUACCUGUACCAGAAACAAAAUGUUAUGUCGGUGAGUUUGAAUUCUUGAGUGCCUGCUAAAUGCACUAUUAACAAGGAUGGGCCGUAAUUCAGUAAGAGGAUGAUGUCCGAUUUAAAAGUGGACAUCUUGCCUCAACUUUGGCGCCUUGACUGCUUGCAGCUCUCAAUUUUCUCCUAUCUACUUCUGUUUGGUAAACUCGCGAACUGACGCGAGUAUCAAAGCGAAGAGCAAGGCGGUUGUCUUACACCUGGCUGACUCUGCAUUGUCGCGUUCUUUACGGUUUGCACGUAAAAAAUAGAACAGACGGAAAGGCUGUGGACAGUUUACUGGGCUUUCGGGCUCCCAUGUGAACACCUGUUAUGCAUGUGCAACCUUAUCCAAAGCUUAUCAUUUUCUUAAAAUAUUAGCUAAUUUUGUGGAUAGCAUGCUAUUUCACUGUUUUUAUGAUUCUUAAAACUUCGUUUCAAAAUAUUUCGAAAACGCUCUCAUAAGAAUUUGUUCAAACUUUGCCAUAAUUGAGGCAGUUAUGGCAGGUACAUACUCCCGUAAGCGAUUUCUUAAAAAAAACUCCUGGUACAGAGAAACUCAAAGAUAAAUAAAAAACGUAAUGCUGUCAUUACGUUGCUAUGGCAACUCCGAUGGGAAUAAAACCCAAAUCAUAACAAAUUUUCAUCUUUACAUAAUUAAGUUGUGGUAACCUUUUUCCCAUAUCUUUACUCAUGCCGACGUAGUUAAUGCUCAAACUUGGGAGGUAUCCCCCCCAAAGAAUCCAGUCGAGCCACCUUAAGGUAGCUACCUUCUAUUUUAUCCCCAUCAAAGUAAUCAAUUUCUUUUUUCUGAAACGCUACGUGCAUGGGUAAAAUUAUUUUAGCGAAUGAACAUUUUAUUAACUUUCGAUACCUUUCAUUUAGUAAACUUUCAACAAAGGUUAGUAAAUCGAUAGUGUAUUUGUAAUUUAAGUUUUGAGAAGUGAAAAUGACAACUAAGUACAGUGCUUAUGUAUUCUAUAUUUCCCUCGUUUGACGGUAGUCCAAUACGAUCAGUUUGAAAUUAUCAAAAUUCGUACUUGGCUCGCGGCUGAGGAGUAUAAAACAAAAGAAAUGAAUUAUGAAUCCCUGAAACCAAAUGCGAUUUCUUUUGUUUUGAACCCUCAGACUCUGAGCCAAGUAUGAGUUUAAUAGUUCGUAACCCACCUAUCAAGGCCAGAAUUAGAUGUCAUGGGAUCUCAAGAAAGCCGAUCAGAGGGCGCGCUGUUGGGGAAAAGAUUCAAUUCCUCACUCCAGAAACUAUAAGGGGCAUUGAUACAAGAUAUCGGGCAGCUGCGGACAAGCGUUCAUUAUGAUUGGUCGAUGGUAUUCAAGGCAACCAUUAACCAAUCACAAGUAACGCUUGUCAACCCAAAUGAUCCCAGAGAUCGUUGCGCCGAAAUCUUGUACCCAUUCUUCUAAUAGUUUCUGGAGCGAGGAAUUCCAGCCUUAUCUUUUGUUGUUUUUGUUUUUUUCAUUUCAGGUAGUUAAUUGCUUGUGCCAGCUAGGAAGCACAGUAAGUAUUUCAGGCGUUUUUGGCCGAUGCAGUUCAACCGGAAGUGAGGCGGUCUUGACGCUAUAAAACUUGUAUUGCUUCGUUUCUUAACUGUUAUUGAGACGAUUUAACUGAAAAUUUGGUCUAAGCCACUGCUCCACUUCCGGUUGACGUGGGUCGCUCAAAAGCUCCCUCCUCUCUCCCUUUUCUAUCCGGUGGUCCGAAUGCUUUCGUGAGCGGACACCCUCCGGUAGGAGAAAAAGGUUCCGUAAGUGGAGCCGGCCACUUCUGGGAAUUUUUAUGUAAGCAGCCACACAUGGGAUAGGUGGACGUUUAGGAAAACCUAUAUCAGCGCUCAUAACAUGCUUCAUUCGCUAUUCAUUAUCCAAUUCAAUGCUGAUUAUAUGACAGAAGUAUUUUGUACUGUUACGAGUGAAUAAAGCUUUUUUCUAGUACUUAGUCUUCAAGCAUGCCUUAGCGGGAACUUAGAAACAAAUUAAGGGAAGACUCAGUCACACAACUUCAGAAGUAUCUAAAGCCAUGUUUCCGACUUAGGUUAAAACGGAGAUUGACGUGAGACUACCGUGAGUAUAGUUGCCAUGUUUCCAUCCUCUGGGACUCAGGCGUCGUCGCGUUUCUCCCCGCCCGACUGAGUGCCCCCGAGUCUUCACUGAUUUCCACUUUAUACAAGAAUGUCCGUUUUGUUAGCCUUUAAAUUGAGAGGUAAAUCAUUUUAAUUUCGCAGACUAAGCCCAUAGUGUGUAAAGUUCGCGGGGCGGGAACACUUGGCGGACCCCUAUAAGGACAGGGUGGCAAAGGGGGGUACCUAUCGGCGCAUCACGCCGCUUCUUUUUUAAAGCUAUCACGCAUCUCGGAAAAAUAAAAUAAAAUAUUAACAAGUACCCUAUUAUCAUUUGAUCUGAGGAAAUCAGAGGUCUAGGAAUGAGGGCAAGAAGUUGGUGUCAUAACUAUCUAUUAUUAAUCAGUCUCUUCUUCUUGCUUCAAAUUACAUUAACCAUCACGGAAAUUUCAAAGGAAAAUCACGCGUCACGCGUUGUGAAAAUAGUAAAUCACGCAUCACCCUGCUAUGCCAAAUCACUUCUCGCGAGGCUAAUUUGGGCCCGAUCACACAUCACGCGUCACGGAAAACCCCUUUGCAACCCAAAGAAUGUCUGCGUGGGAGGCUACAUAGUGUGGCCAUUCAAGCGAAGCCCCAUUAGGUAUUCUGACCGCAGGGUUAGCUUAAUUGUAGCCUGGGACCAGUCCCUUUUUUUACCUUUUCCUCCACUGCGGAGCGGAGCCCGGAGCCGAAUGUUGCGAUCGAGUACUUCAGGUCAAUACUCGGACCAAUUUUUAUAAAUCUUACUGCCUUUCCUUGGAAACAAGCUGAACGUUCACAUCGCCCGAAUUCCCCCAAGUAGUAGUACUGGGAAUGCGGUCUCUGCUUACGUAGGGACAACAACAUGUUGUUCCCAAUAAGUAUAUUUGUGUUAUUGUUUUUUUGUGCUCGAUACACAUUGAUAAACAUUUUUGAAACAUGACACUUGUGCGUCAUUUACACUUUCUCCUAAUUACAACUGCGUUUAUCACGAACAGUUUCAUGAAAAUAUAUAAUGCAGACUAGGAAUGUAUUCAUCUCUUUUAAAAACCAACUGGAGGUCCAAUUUUUCUUAAACCGACUCUUAAGUUUAAAUGACUGGAUGCAACUGUUUGCAGGCACAAAGCAAAGGCUUUAGUGGCCCCUGCUUGGGUCCAAAGAUAGCCGAGGAGAAUAAAAGAAACUUUACAGAGGAGCAACUGUGCGAGGGGAAAAAACACAUAGGCCUUCAGAUGGGAACCAACAAGUUAGCUUCGCAAGCUGGAGAACACUUUGGUCGCGCAAGGCAGGUGGCUGGAAUAGAUGCCUACAAAUAAAGAAUAAAACAAAGAGAAAGGUUUCUUUGACGAAGGGGAUAUGUCAAAGCCAGAAGCUAGUACAAUAGGAAAAUGUACUGUAAGCGCAAUAAUGUUGACCC